CGUGAAGAUGCCUUCCGCCUCCGCAAGCUAGUUUCUGAUAGCCAUGCUAAGAGACAACACGCAGCAAGCACAUGUACGGUCCGCAACCCAGUCAAAGAUCUAUUGACAGCUUCAAGUGCAUCUAUCUGCAAGUAUUUUGGUGAAAAAAUCGAUACGAGCGACAAGGAGGUCGUCAAGAGCUACUGUGAUAAUAUAGUUCCUUCUUCAGUGCAAACCGUGAUAGAGUGCACCCUAGCCCUGCGCAGAAAACAGAAUCUCUCAUCAGAGGACCGCGUUGCCGCACUAUCGCACUCGCGUUCCUUCAACGCGGAUGCGUUCGAAGACGAAGCCGAUGGUUCAUGUCCAGCGCCUCAAAAGCCUCCUCCUGGUCAGUACAAUCCUGGACAGGCGAGAAGUGUUGGGUUGAGAAGGCCCAACGCCUGUCCAGCAGGUCCGUCCAUGAAGAAGGCAAAGCUAGAGGCACUGCCGCCUGCAUUGAGUGAAGAACAAAAUCACGGCAAUGACGAGAUUGAAGUCGUCGAGGUUUGCUUUAAUUCUGCUCGACAUCCGGGAGACGAGCUGCUGCAAGACGAUGUCCUGGAAGAGGAACCUAUGGACUUUGGGCAAGGUAGUGGUGUUUCCCUCGAUGAUGAACCUCAGAUAGACCUGCCCGAGAUUGAUAUUGAACUGGAAGCGAUGAUCUCCAAGAAAAUACCCGAACGAGCAAGGAAAGAAGUCUUCCGCACUAUUAGACAGGCUUUACACAGAAUUCUCCGCUGGGACGAUAGCGAUGAAGGGUUGUGGGUCAACUUGAGCAACGCUCCGUCCAAUGCCGAAGCAAGACAUCUACUCUUGGCAGAAGCCGCUAAGCACAUAGAGUACUCUGUGCACACAAUGUCUGCCACGGAGUCUGGUUACAACCAGAGAGCAACGGCAAAAUUGCAUGUGGUCAAGCUCAUGGAGCACAGGGAAAGCCUUUGGCCGAUCGACGCGGCUCAUUAUGAUGAUGACGAAGAGGAAGCGAUUGAGAUGAUAGGAUUGUUGAGGAACAUCUGCAGUGGCUGGAGAAAGACUGGUAAAAGAAAGGCCCCAUGAUCUUUAUUUCUCGCCUGUAUGGAUCUGGAGAACAUGCCAUAUAAAAUUUGUCAGACAGUGCGAUGAUUCACAAUGAUAAAACAGAGAUCGUACCAUACCCGUAGUUUCCUCGAUCCAGCAAGGCCUGGUAUAGAGUCGGUGUUCACA